CUUUUCAACUCAAACCCGCAGAAAUGCCUCCACCAUAUCCAUCAUUCACACUACCAUCUUCAUUGCUUCCAAUUACUACCACAAAUCCGAGCAUGCGCCCAAAGCGUUACUUUAAUGUGAAUGAGGCUAAAAAAUCUGGAUCGAUCGACUAUAUUCAAGUAAGGUCAACGAGAUAUAAAGUUUACUCAUUGUUUGAAAAAAUGGGAGGAAGUAUUAUGUUAUCUGAGAUACCACAGCUUUAUUUGGAAGAAUAUAAUAGGGCUCUAGAGUAUCAAGGAAAAUUGUCUUAUGUUUUAGAAAAUGAAUUUCCCGGAAUCUUUGAAAUAAUUCAAGCCCUUCCAGGAAACCAGACGGUAGUUAUUUUUAAGCAAAUUUGGGAAAAAGUUAAAGAAGAUAUAGUCAAAGAUCAAAAAUGUGAUUCGUCGAAAGUUGCUACGCACGAUAUGUCCUUAGAUCAUUCACGCAGGGAGAUACGUUCUGGAAUGGAAAGUGAUACAAUGAGUUGUAAAACCCGUGAUAAAAAACGAACUGAUACCGCUGCGACUCAAUUGACAUCCAAAAAUGAAGAGACAAAAUUCAUCAGGCCAUCAUCACCCAGUGAGUUUAAUAUUAGACGAAUAUUUGAUGAUAAAGAUUUUUUAAAAAUAUCGGAACUUCAGCGUGAUGUUUUGGAGCUUUUAUUUUUUUAUUAA